UUUAUUAUUCCAUGGUUUCUCCCCUUUCAUUGGCAGACUGCUACGCACGGUCACGUUUUCAUCAUUUGAUAGUGCAGCCAUGCUAGAAAGGUUACAAGGAUUCUAUUUGUUCAAUUAUGGACUUCAGUUUACUGGGAUUUCUGGUGCGUACCCUGGCUUGCAAUUAGGAAUAGCCCCGUAAGCCCUUCAUCAAUCACCAUCGGCGGAUAAACGCAGUCAAACAACGCAGUUUUUCCUGACUACCAUUUAAAUCAUGGCCAAACUAUUGAAGCUUUCGUUGGAAGUCGCUGGAAAGUAUUCAUCUUCUCUGCUUAACGCAAGACCAGCUUUGGUUGGAAAUCGAAAUUUUCGGUGCACCAUUGAAAAACGCGGGAGUACCAGUUGCAUCGGAACAGACCAAGUCAGAUUGAAACUUGAACCCACCGUUGCAAUGGAUUCGCCCACAACCAGCCGAUGCAGUUUUCGAGAUCUGCGAGAUGUAUUUCCGGGCUGCUCCAGUUACGAGGACCUUUACAACUUGAGCAUUAAAGAGACGGACCUGUUCUGGGGUACGCUAGCUCGCAUGAGCCUACGCUGGAGCCGCGAUUUUGAACAUGUUUCCGAUUGCAAUAUGGAAUUGGGCCUAUUUCAGUGGUUUUUGGGUGGCCAACUAAAUGUCUCAGUGAAUUGUGUUGAUCGCCACAAGGAAAAGGAUCCUGACCGAAUUGCGCUUAUUUGGGAAAAGGAUGAACCAGGCCAAGAGGACCGUAUCACCUAUGGACAACUGUAUACAAUGAUGAACCAAGUUGCCAAUGUCCUUAAAUCUCACGGGGUGAAAAAAGGUGAUCGUGUAGCAAUUUACAUGCCCGCUUGUCCACUCGCUGUUGCCUCCAUGCUCGCCUGUGCUCGAAUUGGGGCCGUCCAUUCUGUAGUGUUCGCUGGAUUCAGUGCCGAAGCAUUGGCGAGUCGUAUCAAUGACGCUGAAGCCAAAGUAGUUAUUACUGCUGACCAAGGAGUGAGGGGAGGAAAAUUAAUUGAGUUGAAGAAGACGGUUGUAGCUGCGGUUGGUAAUUGUCCCAGUAUCAAAGCCAUUUUUGUGGCCAAAAGAACAGGAAACUCAGUCGUUCCAUCCACUCUUGAUGUCGACCUUGAUGAGGCGAUGGCUAAGGAGAGUGGUGAAUGUGAACCAGCCGUUAUGGACAGUGAAGAUUUACUUUUCAUGUUGUACACGUCUGGCAGCACAGGAAAUCCUAAAGGAGUGGUUCAUUCUCAAGCCGGUUAUCUUCUUUAUGCCUCACUGACACAGAGGCUCGUCUUUGAUUGCAAAGAAGGUGACAUUUUUGGUUGCGUUGCUGACAUCGGAUGGAUAACAGGUCACUCUUAUGUCGUGUAUGGACCCUUGGCUAAUGGAGUAACGACUGUUCUCUUCGAGAGCACACCAACCUAUCCCGACCCAGGUCGAUACUGGGAGACGGUUCAACGUUUGAAAAUCAAUCAAUUUUACGCUGCUCCAACAGCCAUACGUUUGCUACUUAAGCAUGGGGACGAACACGUUGAAAAGUAUGAUUUAGGUUCACUUCGCACUCUCGGUUCUGUGGGUGAACCCAUAAACGUAGAGGCCUGGCAAUGGUACAACAAAGUUGUGGGCAAGGAGAAAUGCGUUGUUGUUGACACUUGGUGGCAAACCGAGACGGGUGGGAUUUGUAUAAGUCCAAGACCAUCAGCGCCCGGUGCCGAAAUUCAUCCUGGGAUGCCCAUGCGGCCUAUGUACGGAAUCUGGCCUGUUAUUGUCGGGGAAAAAGGCGAAGAAUUAAAAGGGAAUGAUGUUACAGGUGCCUUGUGCUUGAAAAAACCUUGGCCGGGGAUGGCACGAACUAUUUAUGGAGCCCAUUCCCGCUUUCUGGAAACAUAUUAUCAACCUUUCCGUGGCUUCUAUUUCACCGGUGAUGGUGCCAUUCGACACAAAGAUGGCUACUAUCAAAUCACUGGAAGGAUGGAUGAUGUCAUCAACGUUACUGGCCAUCGACUAGGAACUGCUGAAGUAGAAAAUGCUCUGGGAGAACAUCCUUCGGUGGCGGAGUCAGCUGUUGUAGGGUAUCCCUGCAAUGACAAAGGAGAAGGUAUCUAUGCCUACGUAACACUUAAGGACGGCUUUCUUGCUGGCGUCAAAAUGGAAACUGAACUGAGAGGAAUUGUCCGGCAGAAAAUUGCUGCUUACGCCGUUCCGGAUGUUAUUCAGAUCUGUGCUAGUUUACCGAAAACAAGAUCGGGCAAAAUUAUGCGUCGAAUCCUACGUAAAGUUGCAGCUGAUCAGACAGAAAAUUUGGGCGAUGUUUCAACGUUAGCUGAUCCUGCUGUUGUCAAGGAUCUUAUAGCAAAUCAUCAAGCUAUCAAGAAUACGGGAAAAUAAGAAAAAACUUUUCUUUUUCUAUUGCACGUCGAAAAGCCGAUCCCCUCCAAAAGAGGUAUCCAAAAAUAUAACUUAAUUACCUGAAAAACCUGAAUUACCUGAAAGGAGAUUCGAAUUUUUGAGAAAUUGUCUUCCUGAAUUCCAUUACUUCUGCCAGCUUUCUAUGUUUUUACGUGUGAAAAUAAAAACAGAGAAAAAUAAGCAACUUGAAAUACAUUGAACUAAAGAAUUUGCA